UGGAGAUUGCUUUCUGGUUUGAUUAAGGUCGACCUCGUUAUCACGUACAUGUCGAAGUCACCGGUGCCCUUUGUGUACUCUGUCUUCGUGCGGAAUGAGAAUCCGAGGUAUAGAUUCACAGCUGAAGAGACUGCACGCAUGCUUUCUAAGAACUGCGUGCAUCUGCUGCCUCCCCACCACUGGAGGAGAACGAAAAUGGUCGCCUGGGUAGUAUCCAACUGUCACCCUGCAAAUAAUAGGAUUGAUUAUGCAAACGCGAUUAACAACUUCAUUCCCGUAAGACAUGACAUGGUUCCGAUUGUGCUGGGUGCCUUCAAGGAAGACUAUGAAGGUCUGUUGCCUCCACGGUCGUACAUCAACGUGGAUGACUACAGGACGAUUCGCGAACUGACCGACUACCUACUCUACUUGGACAGGAAUGACACUGCCUAUGCAACCUACUUUGCCUGGAAGGAGCAUGGAAGCUUUCAUGUGCGUUUUGAGUACUGUUUCAAUCAAAAGUUAUUGCAAGGCGCGUGA